AUGACAGGGUCGCAGUCGCAUCUCCACGAGAACAUCGGGGACCAAUUCCAACAGAAAGGAUUCGAUUUGACAGAGACUGAUGGAUUCAAAGGCUUCGAGAGGAACAGAAGACGUAAUCCACCUCCUGCCUCCUAUUCAGACUACGGCAGGAAGGGCAAGCCGUACCGAAGCCUGACGUGCCAGCAAGGCUGGGAGUUCUUCUCCGCAGACAACACCAACUUCGGCUUCUGCUACAAGGUCUUCAGCGAGUCGGCCAACUUCCUGGAGGCCAAAGUGUUCUGCGCUCGUGGUGGAGCUCAACUCGCCGCCGUUCACUCGAGAGCCGAAGAUCACUUUUUGCGAAGUUCCUUCUAUGACGUUUCCAUUGAUACGUGGAUCUUCAGGACUCGUUGGACCUAAAAAGGCUCUUUUGGGGUUGAGUCGUCAGGAUGGCAAGAACUACAGCAACGCUGACGGAAGUCCGGUCGGGUACAAGAUGUUCGGGAACGUGCCUAACUCCUUCCAACGCUGCACAGUUGUAAGUUUCCAACUAUUCUGUCCAGAGUGGAAGGAUAUGAAAAAGUCCUUUGAGAGAAAAGCAGUAUCUUGUAAAGCUCAUUCUCGUGUUUCUCGAAAUGUCAUUUAAUAUUUUUUCUUCUUUGCUCUUUGAAAAAAUCGAUGAAAUUCAAUGUUUCAGAUGUCGGCUUUUGGAAUCCAGGGAGCCUUUUGUGAGGACCAACAGAACUCCUUCGUUUGCCACACUCCCAGCACGUUGCGCGACUGA